AUGUUGCUUCGGCGGCGUUUCGCCUUCUCUUCGCUCUGGACAGGAGCGCUAGUGGACACGGGGAGGGAGCAGGCGAAGCGUGUCGUUCGCAUUUUGCCAGGAAGUUGGUGGGCUCAUCAUGAAUUAGGUCGGGGUGGCUGGUGGUUUCGGGAUCCCGUGGAAAAUGCUUCUUUUAUGCCUCGGGUAUUAGCUACAACUCGAACCUCUUCAAUACGGUCCGGAUUGCUAGCUCCCGUUCAUAAUUUUGCUACAGAUGAUACACGAGGAAUCUUUUUAUGGUGGUUCUUCCUUCUAAUGACCGACAUAUCUAUGAUUAUUUUCUCCCAGAUGAAGCAGCAGGCAUCGGUCCGUAGAACCUAUAAAAAAGAGAUGGUUGUGGCGCGAAAGGGGGAUGGAGAAAGUGGACAAAACAAACUCGCAUUUCUCAUCGAACAAAUACAGGAAAAGAAUCAUAUUGAAAACGCUCCUAACCCAAGCCCUUCCUUCGUAGAGCCAUGUAUUAUAGAUCGUUUAUUCCAAAACCCAAUAAACCUGGGAAGCUACGCCGUCUUACUCAACCACAUAAAAAUGACAGUGAUGGAUGCAAUUUAUAAAGUCUUGAAUAAGGUCUUUGCUGGCAUAUUCUUAGAGUGUUCUCACAGGUUCAGGAAAGGAAGAGGGACUCAGACAUUCUUUGCGCAGAGUUUUAUUACUAUUAAUGGGUGGCUCCGCGAUUUCUUAUGGGCACAAGCAUCCCAGGCACUCUACCUCAGCAAAGGACGCGAUGAAGGAGUCACCAUCUGUCACAUGGGUGAUCAGGGCGGACAUUGUUCUUUCGUCAGUGCAGUCAGAUUGGAUCUGAGGCAGAAUGGAUAG